UCUGCAGCUCCCCAGGACCUGAACCAGGAGUCAACAGGUCGGCAGUGUAAAGCGGCUGAAUUCAUUUACUUCCACGAGGGUUAAGCUGUUUUUGCCGUCUCCAUGUGUUUUUAGGAUUUUAAAAAUGUGGAGAUAUCACUUGCAUUUGAGGUUAAUGUUAAAACCAGCUAUCCAUCUGUGAAGGCACCAUGGAUAACCUGCGUUCACUCUGCUCACCUUUCAAUAUUGACAACUUUCAACAUGUCUCCGUGUGCUUUCAAAGAACUUUCAACUCAUCUAACGACUCUUAGGAUAUGCUGUGUUGUGCAGAAGUCUCUUGCUCACAUUUGAGAGGCAUUUUCCAGUAAUAGUUAGACAUGCGGAGCCAAGGUGUGUCCUGCCUGCUGCUGCUCUUCAUCCAUGUGAGCGCACCGGCGGAGGCGAGGAAAGUACCCGGGGGUAGGGCGCAACACCGGCGGGUGCAGCAGCAGCCCCCGGUGCAGAGGGAGCGUGUGGAGGGGACAGAGAGCUUCCCGUUAGACUUCACAGCCGUGGAGGGCAACAUGGACAACUUUAUGGUGCAGAUAAAGAACUUAGCGCAGUCACUGUACCCGUGCUCUGCGCAGAAGCUGGACCAAGACAUGAAGUUGAACUUUUUGAAGAAUGAUUCUGUGACUUGCAAUGACGGGUCAGCAGCAGGGUAUUACAUCAAGGAGUCUAAAGGCAGCAAGAGGUGGCUGCUCUUCUUAGAAGGCGGAUGGUACUGUUUCAACAGGCAGACCUGUGACAGUAGGUAUGAGACCAUGAGGAGACUGAUGAGCUCCACCAAGUGGCCACAAACCAGAACAGGAACAGGAAUAAUGUCUCCACAGCCAGAGGAAAACCCUCACUGGUGGAACGCCAACAUGGUCUUCAUCCCGUACUGCUCCAGCGAUGUGUGGAGUGGAGCCACACCGAAGACAAAUCAGAGUGAUUAUGCGUUCAUGGGCUCUCUGAUCAUAAAGGAGGUUGUGAACGAGCUGCUGACAAAAGGUCUGGACAACGCCAAGGUGCUGCUACUGGCAGGAAGCAGUGCGGGCGGUACAGGCGUGCUACUGAACGUGGACCGAGUGGCGGAGCAGCUGGAGUCUCUGGGCCACGGGGGGGUGCAGGUCCGGGGCCUCGCUGACUCCGGGUGGUUCCUGGACAACAAACAGUACAAAAUCACAGCCUGCCUGGACACCAUCAGCUGUGCCCCCACCGAGGCCAUAAAGAGAGGCAUCAGGUACUGGGGCGGUUUGGUGCCAGAGAGCUGCAGACAGGCUCAUGUGGGACAGGAGUGGAACUGUUUCUUUGGAUAUAAAGUCUUCCCCACGUUAAAAAGCCCGGUGUUCGUGGUGCAGUGGCUGUUUGACGAGGCCCAGCUGACGGUGGACAACAUCCACCUGACCGGGCAGCCUGUCCACGAGGGCCAGUGGAGGUACAUCCAGAACCUGGGACAGGAGCUGAGGAGCACGCUGCGUGACGUCCCGGCGAUGUUUGCUCCGGCCUGUCUGUCACAUGAACUCAUCACAAGAACCUACUGGAUGGACAUUCAUGUGAAGGGCACCUCCCUGCCCAGAGCGCUGCACUGCUGGGACCGCAGCCUCCAGCCCAACAACCACACCAACAGCACCAACCACAACCAGAAGCCUAAGACCCCACACACCAGGGGCUGCCCUCUCCAUUUGAUUGACAGCUGCCCGUGGCCUCACUGUAAUCCCACCUGCCCGACUGUACGAGACCAGCUGACGGGCCAGGAGAUGAGCGUGAUCCAGUUCCUGAAGCACAUGGGCUUCGACGUGCAGAAGAUGGCACAGCAGCAGGGCAUGGACGCCAGGAAGCUGCUGGGCAUGCUCAAUCACGGGAGCUGAGGCAGGAAUGAGAUGGUGCCGAACAUCAGGGGAAGACAACGGAGAUAAAAUUCUAAUGACAAAACUGUCAAUACUUUUAAACUUUGUCUUCAACAAACAACACCCAACAUUUGAAAAACUGACUCAAGCGCGCACAUGCGCUGUUUAAACACACCAUAUGGGGUCACUUGUUUAACAGAUAUAUAGGCUACUGUAGACAUGCUAUAAUUGUGAGGUGUAUACAGAGGUGGGUACAGUGUGCGUGUGUCAAUGUAUAUACAGUAAAUAUGUACGUACUAGUAUAGACUGUCAUGGCGGAGGUCUACAAUAUAGCUUUGACAGGAAGUAUUGAAAACACCUCCAGGGUUUUUCUGUGGGGACUUCUCUUCUGUCACAUUCAGAGAUGCGUCUAUGGUGCUGCUGAACUCUCUACCCUCCACCAAUUAUGCUGCUUUUUCUAAUUUUGGAGAAAUAAUGAGUCGAUGGGUAAUAUUUACUAAUAAAGUUACAAAGAUAAAGGUUAUUAGUUUGUUUUUAAGGGUACUCGAGUGGACAUUUUUUUAUACUGAAAAUAUAUUUUACAUAUCUAGAGUCAGAUACAGUUACUGUAACAAUGUCUCUUUACAUUCUAUUAACUGUAAGUACUAAAUAUGCUAAAAUUGACUCAGAGCCAGCUGCUGGAAGACCCCCACAGCCAGCUGCUGAAGGACCCCCACAGCCAGCUGCAAGAAGACCCCCACAGUCAGCUUCUGGAAGACCCCCACAGCCA